CAUCGGCAUUGGAUACACAAAUAAAAAUCAGUUCUGCAAUUGAUGUCUGUUGAAUAGGAAGCAGACAAUUAUAAUAAAUUUGUGAACUCCGGGCAAUUAAAUUGUAGAUAUUCUCCCAAAAUGUCAACAGCAAAGAUUUCAAACGGAACAAAAUAUGAAAUGGAAGAACAGACAGUCGAAAAUGGAAUGAAUGGAGUUGAGGCGAGAGAAUGGGUAGACUAUGAUAUUCCUAUGCCAUGGGGAACUGUGUCAGGUAAAUGGUGGGGCACAAGAUUUCGUCAACCCAUUAUAGCAAUUCAUGGAUGGCAAGACAAUUGUGGAACAUUCGACAAACUCAUUCCAUUACUUCCAAAAGAUAUACCAAUACUUGCAAUUGAUUUGCCGGGUCAUGGCAAGAGUUCACAUUAUCCAAAAGGCAUGCAAUACUUUUUAUUUUGGGAUGGAAUAACGCUGAUUCGUCGUAUUGUCAAGUAUCAUAAGUGGUCUAAUAUCACACUUAUGGGACAUUCACUUGGCGGUGCCUUAAGCUUUAUGUAUGCUGCAUGCUUUCCUGAAGAUACUGCAAAAUUUAUCUCAUUUGAUAUUGCUGGACCGACGGUCCGUGAUCAAGUCCAAUUGGCAUCAAAGACUGGCGACUGUAUUGACAAAAUGUUGACUUAUGAAACUUUACCGGAAUCUAAAACGCCUUGCUAUAAAUAUGAAGAUAUGAUUGAUCUCGUGCUGGAUGCUUAUCAAGGAUCAGUUGAUCUCGAGUCUUGUAAAAUUCUUAUGAAACGUGGAAUGGCACCAGCACCAGAGCAUAUGCACAAAAAUGGAUUUCACUUUUCUCGUGAUCUCAGACUGAAAGUCAGCAUGAUGGGAAUGUUUAAUGAGGAACAAGUUCUGAUUUAUGCUUCACAAGUUCAAUGUGAGGUUCUCAACAUUCGCGCUAAUCCUGGCAUGUGCUUUGGUGAUCCAACAGUCUAUCCAAAAGUUAUCGAUAAAAUGCGCGAAGGUGCUAAACGUGUUGUUUAUGAGGAAGUUGAAGGAACUCAUCAUGUUCACUUGGUGCAUCCAGAACGAGUCAGUGAAAUUGUUGGUGACUUUUUGAUGUCAUAGACAGUAUAGUGUGCGGAUAUAGCAGGUUAUUAGAAAAUAAAAUUUACGAUUUGCACGCUUUAAUCCUUUGUGGAGAUUUUGUCAGAAUUUUUAAUUCUUUUGACAACAAAAUUCUCGUUCCAAAGGUCGCUACCUUAAUAUGUAAAUCAAGCACAUUCAAAAUAUAUAUCGCACGAUUACCUGUUGCUGUGUGAUAAACAACAAAGUCAAUUGAUUUGAAAUUAGAAAUUUCUUAUGCCUAAUUUAUUACCAAUUCAAAUUUUUUUUUCUACUUAUUAAAUUGAAAAUCAAACAAAUGAAAAAAUAUUCAAAUUUGUUGUAAAAUAGGAACUUAGUUAUGCAUGUGGUUAGUGGGACUUCCUUAUUUAUUUAUGUUAAGUAUGUAAAUCAGUUUAAAGUUGAAC